AUUAUUCUUCUUGUUUUUGGACUUAAAGUGGUGAGUAGGUAUUACUAGAAUUUUUAAACCUUAGUCAAGUGACAUUAAUCAUUUUCUACAAUACAGCCAAAGUUAUGUUGUCAAAACAGUUAUGGAGGUCGUUCGCGGCAAGGAACAAAAUCGUUAACGGUUUAUUAAAACACAACGAAAAGAAAACUCAAUCAUCGUCGAUAGUUACUCGAAAUGCAUCAAAUAAAAAUUCUAAUUUUGAUGCAGAGUUAGAUAAGCCCGUGAAAUAUACAACAAGUCCAGCGCACAAUUGGAAGGCGCAAUAUUCUCGUAUAGGAAGCAAAGCUGAAUUCGGUCCAUGGUAUGAAGCCCACGUUGUCAGUGCUAGCUUAAUUAUAUUUAUGGUAUAUUUUUUUAUAAUACGCGAAGAAAACGAUCUCGAUUUAUUGCUAGAUAAACCGUUAUCAGAGACAUUAAAAGGGGAAUAAUAAUUUUGUUAUUUUAGAACUUCAUUAGGUACCUAUGAAUAUAUUUUAAAUAUACCAAUAAGCAAUCAUA